GCACGUGACUUAUAAACGAUUUUGACAGCCAGCACGCUGUCGCUUUUGCUCCGAACAUGCCAAAAGUCGUCUCUCUCGAGAGAAGCGUCCCUCAGGUACGCUCAACCUCAACCUUGUUGUUGCUUCCCAAUACGGUGGGGUGGGCACGCCACAGGCAAUGCAUUUCCCAUCGCUUCUUCCUUCAAAUUCACAAAAAUCCGAAUGGACGUCGACGCUCGUAAACAUAUCACGCCCAACCGCCUAACUUCGUAUCAAAAUAGCAGCCCUUUCGCCUAGUGCUAGAAUAGUGUUAGAGCGUAGAUAUAAACUUUUUGCGAGAGGAUUCAUUCCGAGCUAGCCAGGAAAGGUUCCCAUCCUUCCCCUCACCCAACUCGCCUUCGGUCCGCGUUCAACGAUGGCAAGACCAACACUAACGACCCAGUUAACGAUCGACCACCCGCUCUCGCAGAAAGGAGCUAUUUAUACCUCAGAGCACGACUACUCCCUCACCUCAUCCCGCCUAUCCCGCCGUCGAUGCAGUUCCGAACCCGUUGCCAUACUUGGCGCUAUUCACAACAAACUCACCGGAGCGAAAGGAUCGAGUGGGAGAAAUGCAGCACCGGCAUCGAGAAUGAACGAAGUGCAUCCACCACCCGUCCCUCCCAAAACCGGCCCAUCACAGCGCAACAGGGUCUUUCACACCGUGAAGUUGGGGGAUACGCUCGAAGGCAUCGCAGUGCUGUACGGGAUGAGCGUCGCGGACAUCAAACGGCUGAAUAAGAUCUGGAACGCGGAUGAGAUUUUCCUGAAGGGUGCGGUGGAGGUGAUUCCGGGGAAUCAGGCUGAUCGGGAAAACGACGAGAGUGGGAGGAAGGCGCCGAUGUCGGCGGCGCAAGCACAGGCUGUGUUGAUUGCGGCGGCGGCUCAGAACCAGAAUACCGGUCGCAAACAAUUAUCCAGCGGAAACGAUCAUUCGGAGAUGUCGUCGAUACCACCACCAUCAACGCCACCAGAGUCAUCUAGCGUCUCGCAACUGCUCAACCAGCUCGACGCCGACGUCAAAUCCGCAUUAACAGUGUUCGAAGCCAGCUCCACAACCGCCGCGGCACGUAAGGAAAAGGAACUCCCACCCGUCCCAUCACUGUACAUGUACCCUCCAGCACCCGCCUCACCCGCGCAACGCCCCGCAAAACCGCAAACGCACACUUCCUCCCCCGCUUCCGUCACCGCAUCCCCAAAUUACACGCCCAAGAGUGCGCGACGAACGAAGAUUAGGCCGAAUGGUUUGCCGGCGGUGCCGGAUGUGGAUUUGUCGGCGAGGGCGGCGGAGGUCACGGUAGAGAAACGGGGGCCGGGGAAUAAGGGUGAGACGCGGAAGAAGGUGGAGUGGGAGGACACGGAGAUGCAUCAGUUGAUUGAUAUGCAGGCCUUGUGUGUAGAUUAGAGGGGAUGAUUUAGGAAAAUUCAUUGCGCCUUCGGAUUAUGCAUGCAAUAAACUGAUGGUGGC